AUGUCCAAUCAAGAUGCGGGCCGCCUUGAAACAGAAUUGGAUCUCCUCGACGCCAUGUAUCCCGACCAGCUUCACUACGACUUCCCCUCACGCGAGCUGAAGUUUACCCAAGGCCUUUCGUCGCUGCAUCUUCGGUUACCGGAAAGCUACCCGGAUGCAGGCUUGCCGGAUGUAAUCUCAGCCACGGACCCUUCAAAGACCGAUUUGCGCGUGCAGAUCAAGGACGCAAUCAAGGGACUGGGUCUGACCGGUGGAGAAGAGGCACUAGACGCCUUCCUUGCCGCCUUUCAACAAGUCCUGGAGACGACCAGUACAGGCCAACAGGACGACGAAUCCAGCACCAGCUCACUAGUCCGGCAAACUCAUGGUGCAACGCUCGGGCAAAGUGUCCAUCAGAAGCCCAAGACUGUAAUCAUAUGGCUCCAUCAUCUUCUCAACACCAAUAAACGCAAACUUGCCCUCUCCCCUCCCCCAUCCUCUCCACCCGUCUCUGGCAUCACCAAGCCGGGCUAUCCAGGUGUUCUCAUCUACUCUGGCCCCUCGUCCACGGUCACAGAACAUGUCAACACGCUCAAAGCUCAAAACUGGCAAGCGUUUCAAGUCAGGUAUGAGGAGGAAGAGCUGUGGACGUUGACACAUGGUGAAGGCGUCAAGGAGGUGGAGAGCAUGAGCCAUGUCGUCAAAGCUGUCCAAGGAAUUGCUACACAAAAAGAGGAAUUCUUGAAAGCAGUUGGCAUCAAGUAG